CGAUCAUUCCCCGUCGGAGUAGCGCCGCAAAUCUUUCUCUUUGGGAAUCCGCCGGCAAGAGGUGGAAAUUUGACAUCCUCCACACGCCCUGGUCUCCGGUGAAGAAGGCGUUUCGAAUCUCUCUUUCCUCCCGAGUCCGAGUUUCCUGCCAUGGCGGAUUUCCAGACCUCGACUCACCGCGCCAAGUGGAUCUUCACUCCUCAACAGCUAGUUGACAAGUACAGGACCACGAACCAAAGGGCCAAGCAAAUGCUGGAGAAGUGUGGAACUACAAAAAUGGAAGUAGAUGCUGAUGGGUCAGUGACUUACCCUGAACCUCAAGCUACAGAAAACAGUGAUAAGCAUUCUCGUCCGAAAUCCCUUAGUUGCGAGGAAGAAGAGUUUAUGCGUGUAUAUUAUGAGUUUAAGCUUCGCGAAGUAUGUGGCGCCUUCUACUUUCCUCAUAAAAUUCAGGCAACAGCACUUACAUAUUUCAAGAGGUUUUAUCUUCAAUGGUCUGUCAUGGAACAUGAUCCCAAGCACAUAAUGUUAACAUGCAUAUAUUCAGCAUGUAAGAUAGAAGAAAAUCAUGUAUCAGCUGAGGAGCUUGGUAAGGGGAUUUCACAGGAUCAUCAAAUGAUACUGAAUUAUGAGAUGAUAGUUCUUCAGAGUUUGGAAUUUGACCUUAUUGUUUAUGCACCUUACCGUCCAGUCGAAGGUUUUAUACAUGAUAUUGAGGAUUCUUCCCAUGCGGCAGAGGACCAAAUUCAGAUGUUCAAGGACAGUGCAACAGCCGAGGUUGACAAAAUCAUGCUUACCAAUGCACCGCUUUUGUUCACUCCAGGGCAGUUGGCACUAGCUGCUCUGCGAAAUGCAAACGAGGUGCUUGGGGUUGUUGAUUUUGAAAGUUACCUUCAGAACAUUCUCUUACGUCAGAGCUCCGAGCACACAGUUCCAGAGCUUAUUAACAUUCUAGAUUCCAUAGACUCUUGGGUAAAGAAGUACAAGUUCCCUACAGAGAGGGAUAUGAAGCACAUCAACCGCAAGUUGAAGUCAUGUUGGGGACAUGGUUCACACGACGAUAAAAAACGGGAGAAGAAAUCAAAGCACAAGUCUCACAGGAGUUCACACGACUCCAGAAAUGCUCCAGCUCCUGCUUAGUUGGUUGCGGUACUGGGUCUGAAACUGUACUGAAAGAGCAGACAUGCGAUGAAAGUUCCUUCUAUGAGGAGUGGUUUAUGUUUUUAAUAGCCACCGACAAUAAUAUAUACUCGAAUUGCUUGUUCCUAUGGAAUUUUUGGAUAUUCAUGAAAUGUAUGUGAAGAGUUCUAGGUUAUAAAAGAUUCAGAGUUUCAGACCCAAGAAAGAGCUUUGCAAUACACUACAAUUAAUGAUAUUCAGAUUCACAACAG